UUGAACGCGCGCAGCCCUAACAUGCACAGAAGCCUCCGCCCAGCGCGCGAGCGAAUGCUGCUCCACUGCGGACAACAAUGACGGACAACAUUCCGAUGCAGCCCGUCCGACACAAAAACCGACAUGACAACAAAAGAAGAGACGGGUGCUGCCCGUGGUCCAGAUGCUGCGGUGGGGGAGAUUUCCGUCCUCGGACCGUGUGGUUGGGUCAUCCGGAAAAGAGAGAGCAGAGAUACCCAAGAAAUGUCAUAAACAAUCAGAAAUACAAUUUCUUCACCUUCCUGCCAGGGGUGUUGUUUAACCAGUUCAAAUACUUCUUCAACCUGUACUUUCUGCUUCUGGCCUGCUCACAGUUUGUGAAUGAGCUCAGAUUAGGGGCUCUGUACACAUACUGGGUUCCUCUGGGUUUCGUUUUGAUUAUUACAAUCGUAAGGGAAGCUGUCGACGAGAUGCGAUGUUUCCUACGAGACAAAGAGGUCAAUUCACAGAUCUACAGUAAACUCUCCACAAGAGGAACUGUGAAGGUGAAAAGUAGUGGCAUCCAGGUUGGAGAUCUUAUCAUUGUUGAAAAGAAUCAGCGUGUUCCCGCUGACAUGAUCUUCCUAAGGACCUCUGAAAGAAAUGGCUCCUGUUUUCUGAGGACUGAUCAGUUGGAUGGAGAAACCGAUUGGAAACUACGCCUCCCUGUGUCCUGUACGCAGAGACUCCCUACUGCUGCUGAUCUACUGCAGAUCAGGUCAUUUGUUUACGCUGAGGAACCGAACAUUGACAUCCAUAACUUCAUCGGUACCUUCACUAGAGAAGAUGGAGACCCUCCAGUCAGUGAAAGUCUGAGCAUUGAGAACACUCUCUGGGCGAGCACUGUCAUUGCUUCUGGCACCGUGGUUGGGGUGGUGAUUUACACCGGUAAAGAGCUGCGCAGUGUAAUGAACACCUCCAACCCAAGACAUAAGAUCGGCCUGUUUGACCUGGAAGUGAACUGUCUGACUAAGAUCCUGUUUGGUGCUCUGGUGGUGGUGUCUCUGGUCAUGGUGGCUCUGCAGCACUUUGCUGGACGCUGGUAUCUUCAGAUCUUCCGCUUCCUUCUGCUCUUCUCCAACAUCGUCCCCAUCAGUUUGCGUGUGAAUUUGGACAUGGGCAAAAUGGUGUUCAGUUGGAUGAUCAAGAAAGACUCUAAAAUCCCUGGGACGGUGGUUCGAGCCAGUACCAUACCAGAGCAACUGGGUCGGAUCUCUUAUCUGCUCACAGACAAAACUGGGACCCUCACUCAGAAUGAGAUGGUGUUCAGACGACUUCAUCUGGGAACGGUGGCGUACGGCAUGGACUCGAUGGAUGAAGUGCAGAGUCACGUGUUCAGCGCUUACACUCAGCCUCCUCAUGACCUGCAGGCCUCUCGUGCACCGGGUGCCACCAAAGUGAGGAAGACCAUCAGCAGUCGAGUGCACGAGGCGGUGAAGGCCAUCGCACUGGUUCACAAUGUGACCCCGGCAUACGAAUCCAACGGUGUGACGGAUCAGGCAGAAGCUGAACAGCACUAUGAAGACACCUGCAGGGUUUACCAGGCCUCCAGUCCAGACGAGGUGUCUCUGGUUCAGUGGACGGAGAGUGUGGGUCUGACGCUGGUCGGGAGAGACCAGUCUUCAAUGCAGCUGAGGACACCGAGUGGACAAAUACUGAACUUCACCAUCCUGCAGAUUUUCCCCUUUACCUACGAGAGCAAGCGCAUGGGCAUCAUAGUGCGAGAUGAAUCCACAGGAGAGAUCACGUUUUAUCUGAAGGGUGCUGAUGUGGUGAUGGCUGCUAUUGUUCAGUACAACGACUGGCUAGAGGAAGAGUGUGGGAAUAUGGCCAGGGAAGGUUUGAGGGUGCUGGUGGUGGCCAAAAAGUCCCUAACGGAAGAACAAUACCAAGAUUUUGAGGCUCGCUACGUUCAGGCCAAGUUGAGCGUUCACGAUCGUUCGCUGAAGGUGGCCACAGUGAUAGAGAGUCUGGAGAUGGAGAUGGAGCUCUUGUGUCUUACUGGAGUCGAGGACCAGCUUCAGGCAGAUGUCAGACCCACUCUGGAGAUACUGCGCAACGCUGGCAUCAAAGUUUGGAUGCUGACCGGAGACAAAUUAGAGACUGCAACCUGCACAGCCAAAAACGCCCAUCUAGUGACCCGCAAUCAGGACAUUCACGUGUUCAGGCCUGUAACCACUCGAAGCGAAGCCCACCUUGAGCUCAACGCCUUCAGGAGGAAACACGACUGUGCGCUGGUGAUAUCGGGAGACUCUCUGGAGGUCUGUCUGAAGUUUUAUGAGUAUGAGUUUAUGGAGUUGGCGUGUCAGUCUCCGGCCGUCGUAUGCUGCCGCUGCGCUCCCACACAGAAAGCUCAGAUCGUUCGUCUGCUGCAGGAACGCACCGGGAAACUCACCUGCGCCGUGGGGGAUGGAGGAAAUGAUGUCAGCAUGAUCCAGGAAGCAGACUGUGGCGUGGGAGUGGAGGGCAAAGAAGGGAAGCAGGCGUCUCUGGCUGCAGAUUUCUCCAUCACUCAGUUUAAGCACUUGGGCAGACUGCUCAUGGUCCACGGCAGAAACAGCUACAAACGCUCCGCUGCGCUCAGCCAGUUUGUCAUCCACCGGAGUCUCUGCAUCAGCACCAUGCAGGCCGUGUUCUCCUCUGUCUUCUACUUUGCAUCUGUUCCACUUUAUCAAGGCUUCCUCAUUAUCGGAUACUCCACUAUCUACACCAUGUUCCCAGUUUUCUCUCUGGUUUUGGAUAAAGAUGUCAAGUCUGAGGUGGCCAUGUUAUAUCCUGAACUUUACAAAGAUCUUCUAAAGGGACGGCCUCUCUCAUUCAAAACCUUUUUAAUAUGGGUCUUGAUCAGUAUCUACCAAGGUAGCAUCAUCAUGUACGGGGCUCUGCUGCUGUUCGAGUCGGAGUUUGUGCACAUCGUGGCGAUCUCGUUCACGUCUCUGAUCCUGACGGAGCUGCUGAUGGUGGCGCUGACCGUGCAGACGUGGCACUGGCUGAUGAUCGUAGCCGAACUCCUCAGUCUGGCCUGCUACAUCGCAUCCCUCGUCUUCUUACACGAGUUCAUCGAUGUGUAUUUCAUCACCUCCCUGUCGUUUGUGUGGAAAGUGACAGCCAUCACUCUGGUCAGCUGUCUGCCGCUCUACAUCCUCAAAUACCUGCGACGGCGCUUCUCGCCUCCCAGCUACUCCAAACUGACCUCCUGAGCCCUUCACUG